UACCAAACAAGCGGCGCAAACAAACCAUUUUCUCCGCUUGCACAAAACAGAAAGAAACUUCUGUUUUUGAAACUUGAGCUGAAAACACACAGUUCACAUACUAAAAAAAAAAAAAACGCAAUGAGGGCCCUCAGCUUCGCCGAGAAAUUUCUCUGUUGAAGGGCGAGUCUGUGUUAUUCGUGUCUGGUGGAGCAUGAAAGAAUUCUGAGUGGGAAAAAAGGUGGAAGGAAAACCCGGUUUUGUCCCUCGGGAAACUAGCAAUGAAUCAGCCGUUACACACAGUGGAGGUGUGAGGCCAUUUGGAGGGUCUGAAAAAGGGAAAAACUUUGAAACAAAACCGGGUUUUUUUUCUUGCGGUCUUUUCAUCUGUGGAUCAUUGGGUUUAAUGGGUUUCGGCUGUUUUCUUUGAAUAGCGGUGAUGAAACCAAUGCAGGCUGAAAAUUUUUCAGUUCAGUUGCAGUUUCUGGAAAAAAGUUGAACUGCCAAAACAUUUGGAGCUUUAUCUGAGUUCAUAUGCUUUUGCAUGUGAUUAAGAGAUAAGAUCUGAUAGUUAUAUUGGCUUGGAUUGUCAUGGGUAUUAUUCUCAAGAAAACAUGUGAGAUGUUCAGAUAAAGAAACACCAGUGUGAACACGUGUAUACCUUUGAUGGAUUGAUGAAUAAAUUGAUUGGAUGAAAUGUUUAGGAGAUUAGCAUCUGGGCUGUUGAUCUCAUCACUUCUGAUAUCUCUCUCAGCUGCUGAUAAUGGAUUUUCCAAUUGUAACUGUGACGAGGGGGGAUUUUGGAGUACUGAGAACAUUUUGGAUAUUCAGAAAGUCAGUGAUUUUUUAAUUGCAGUGGCCUACUUUUCUAUUCCAAUUGAGAUCCUGUACUUUGUUAGCUGCACUAAUGUCCCAUUUAAGUUGGUGCUUCUUGAAUUUGUUGCCUUCAUCGUCCUGUGUGGGAUGACUCAUUUGCUCAAUGGAUGGACUUAUGGCCCACACCCUUUCCAACUUAUGCUUGCACUCACCGUCUUUAAAACGCUCACAGCUCUGGUCUCAGUAGCUACUGCUAUAACUCUAAUCUCAAUUAUUCCCUUUCUGCUCAAAAUCAAAGUCAGAGAAAUCUUGUUGAGGAGAAAGACCUGGGAUCUUGGUCGGCAAGUAGGAAUGAUAAAGAAGCAGAAAGAAGCUGGCCUGCAUGUUCGGAUGCUCACCCAGGAGAUUCGCAAAUCACUUGAUCGGCAUACAAUAUUAGACACAACUUUAGUUGAGCUUUCUAAGACACUGGAUUUAGAAAAUUGUGCUAUCUGGAUGCCUAAUGAUAAUAAAACAGAAAUGAAUCUGAUUCAUGAGUCGAUAAGGAGGAAUUCUUCAGACAUGAAUGAGUUAUGUAUUCCAACCAGUGACCCUGAUGUAAGAGAGAUUAAAGGAAGUGAUGGUGUGAAGAUUCUUGAGUCUGACUCACCACUUGCUGUUGCAAGCAGCGGAGGGAAUGGUGAACCAGGAGCUGUUGCUGCAAUCAGGAUGCCAAUGCUUAGAGUUUCCAAUUUUAAGGGUGGCACUCCGGAGAUGGUUCCUGCAUGUUAUGCAAUUCUGGUUUUAGUUCUUCCUGGCAGUCAGGGCAGAUCUUGGUCCAUUCAGGAACUCGAGAUAGUAAAGGUGGUUGCUGAUCAGGUUGCGGUGGCUAUUUCCCAUGCUGCAGUGCUUGAAGAGUCUCAGCACAUGAGAGAACAGUUGGAGGAGCAAAACCGAGCAUUGCAACAAGCAAAACAGGAUGCUUUGUUGGCAAGCCAAACAAGGAAUGCAUUUCAGAUGGUAAUGAGCAGUGGACUGAGAAGACCAAUGCACUCAAUAUUAGGCUUACUCUCCAUGAUGCAAGAAGAGAACCUCAGUUCUGAGCAACAACUUUUGGUUGAUGCUAUGGUCAAGACGAGCAAUGUGCUUUCGACCUUGAUAAAUGAUGUGAUGGAUACUUCAACAAAAGACAAUGGGAGAUUCCCACUUGAGACAAAGUCUUUUUCACUUCAUGCAAUGAUAAAAGUAGCUGCUUGUCUAGCCAAAUGCCUAUGCAUGUACAAAGGUUUCAAUUUUGCCAUGGAAGUUGAUAAAUCCUUGCCUAAUCAUGUGAUGGGGGAUGAGAGAAGGGUUUUUCAGGUAAUCUUCCAUAUGGUUGGGAGUCUUUUAAACAGCAGCAAUGGAGGAGGUUGUCUGGUCUUUCGAGUUCUCUCAGCUAGUGGGAGUCAGGCAAGAAAUCAAGGAUGGGGACCGUGGAGAUCAAGCUCAUCUGAUGGGUAUACUUACAUUAAAUUUGAUGUUGGGAUAUGCAAAGAUGAUUCAGAUUUUGAGAGCAUGCCUUCAACGGUAUCACCGGGCUGUCAGAGAUACAACAGUGGUAUACCUGAGGAAGGCUUGAGUUUCAGUGUAUGCAGAAAGCUAGUUCAGUUAUGGUGGCAGCUAAUGCAAGGAGAUAUAUGGGUCGUCCCCAAUUCGGAAGGUUUCAAGCAUAGUUUGGCACUUAUUCUUCGGUUUCAGAAACAGACAUCGACUGUAGUCAGCAUAUCUGAACAAGGGCAGUCUUCAGAUCAUCGUUAUUCCAACUCCUUCAGGGGCCUCAGAGUACUUUUAGCUGAUGACGAUGAUAUGAAUAGGGCAGUUACUCGAAGGUUGCUUGAGAAACUAGGAUGCAAUGUUUCUGCAGUAUCUUCAGGAUAUGAAUGUCUUAGUGCUCUUGGGCCUGCUGUAUCUGCAAUCCAAAUUGUUCUUGUGGAUCUUCACAUGCCUGACAUGAAUGGAUUUGAAGUGACCAUGAAUAUUAGAAAGUUCUGCAGCCGCAACUGGCCAUUGAUCAUUGCCCUAACAGCAAGUGAUGAUAAAGAUAGUUGGCAGAAAUGCUUUCAGGUUGGGAUGAAUGGAGUUAUCCGAAAACCAGUUCUCUUGCAAGGAAUUGCAGACGAACUUCGACGGGUCUUGCUACAAGCAAGCAGAGUUCCAUAGUACCGGUAUUGCACUUCUACAGCCUGUGAUGCAGCCAGGCCUGUCAUGAGUGUAUUGCUGUGGAAUUUGGUCGAAGUAAGCAAACAAAUUUGCUUCUAUAGCAAAAAUCAAGGGUACAGAGAUGUUAUACACAACAUGCAAUAUAAUUAUGGUACAGAAAAUUCAUCUUCAUUUUUCUUUCAUACUUAUUGGUAGCCUACUUAGUUGAUGUUAGUUGGCUGAUUGUAUUUAACCCAGUGAAAGCCAUGAGAUAUAAGUAGACUUUCAGAUUGUAGGGAUUUAAUUUUUGCUAAAAAAGAUUUUGUCACUAAUAUUCAGGCCUAAGGAAGUAAUGGAUGAGCAGAACACUACAUUUUGUACCUACACAUAUCCUACCUAUUUAGAACCUAACUUUGAAUCUUCCUUUAAUUGUGGAUCUUUAUAUUAUUCUUGAUCACAAUAAAUUCAAUACAUUUCACA